CCCGCGCCGCUGCCGCGGCUUCCCGGCGAGGUGGGGGAGACCUUCGCCCGCGUUGCCGGACUUCCGAGGAGACCCUUGUUUUUCCGCCGCCGAGGCUGAGAGACUCUGGAAUCGAAGCGUCAGAGGAGGUGAAGUGAACCCUCUGCGACUCCUCGGAUCUGGGCCGGCUCCCUUUGGGGGCGGGAGACCUCACCGGAGCAUCCCACGGAGGGGCAGGAAUGGAAGACCCCACCUUGCAUCCUCUCUGCAGCGCUGCUUUCCCGAUCCACCCGUAGGAAUGAAGAGGAGUCUGGUAAUAACCCGAGGCAAGGAAAAUAUCACCGGACACACACUAGUGAUCGUUUGGGGGGCCACACACGUUUCUGAAUGUAAUUGGACAAGCGUGAAAGAGGUGCCCUAUUAAAAAAGCACAACAAGCCUUUAAGAGGAGAAAAAUAGAAUUGCCCCGUUUUUGCCAAGAUUUUGAAGACUGUUCCAUGUAUUGCACAUCUGACAUAAGAUGAGAACUUUGUAAAAUAUCGUGUCUAAGAGCGUAAACAAUGACUACCCCAGCCCUGCUGCCCCUGUCUGGACGAAGGAUACCACCUCUGAACUUGGGGCCGCCUUCCUUCCCACAUCACAGGGCUACCUUGAGACUUUCUGAGAAGUUUAUCCUCCUCCUUAUUCUAAGUGCCUUCAUCACCCUGUGUUUUGGGGCAUUCUUCUUCCUUCCAGACUCUUCAAAACACAAACGCUUUGAUCUGGGUUUGGAAGAUGUGUUAAUUCCUCAUGUAGACGCCAGCAAAGGGGCUAAACACCCUGGAGUCUUCCUGAUUCAUGGACCGGAUGAACACAGACACAGGGAAGAAGAGGAACGUUUGAGAAACAAAAUUCGAGCUGACCACGAGAAGGCCCUGGAAGAAGCAAAAGAAAAAUUAAAAAAGUCGAGAGAAGAAAUCCGAGCAGAAAUUCAGACAGAGAAAAACAAGGUGGCCCAAGAUAUGAAGACGAAAGAGAAAAAGCCACUGCCACCAGUUUCUAUACCAAAGCUUAUAGGCAUAAGUGGUGGAGACCCAGAAGAUACUGACAUAAGAAAGAAAAGGGAAAAAAUUAAAGAGAUGAUGAAAUAUGCCUGGGAUAAUUAUAGGUUAUAUGGAUGGGGACAUAACGAACUCAGACCUAUUGCAAAGAAAGGACACUCCACUAAUAUAUUUGGAAGUUCACAGAUGGGAGCUACCAUAGUAGAUGCUUUGGAUACCCUUUAUAUCAUGGGACUUCAUGACGAAUUCCGAGAUGGGCAAAAAUGGAUUGAAGACAACCUUGAUUUCAGUGUGAAUUCAGAGGUGUCAGUGUUUGAAGUCAACAUUCGCUUUAUUGGAGGCCUGCUCGCAGCAUAUUACCUUUCAGAAGAGGAGAUUUUCAAGAUUAAAGCAGUCCAGUUGGCUGAGAAACUGCUUCCUGCCUUUAACACACCUACUGGGAUUCCCUGGGCAAUGGUGAAUCUGAAAAGCGGAGUGGGACGGAACUGGGGCUGGGCCUCGGCAGGCAGCAGCAUUCUCGCUGAAUUCGGAACGCUGCAUAUGGAGUUUGUCCACCUCAGCUACUUGACCGGGGACCCCAUUUACUACAAAAAGGUCAUGCACAUUCGGAAACUGCUUCAGAAAAUGGAUCGCCCAAAUGGUCUAUAUCCAAAUUAUUUGAACCCAAGAACAGGUCGCUGGGGUCAGUAUCAUACAUCAGUUGGCGGGCUGGGAGACAGUUUUUACGAAUACUUACUGAAAGCGUGGUUGAUGUCAGAUAAAACAGACCAUGAGGCGAGAAGAAUGUAUGAUGAUGCUAUUGAGGCUAUAGAAAAACAUCUUAUUAAGAAGUCCCGUGGAGGUCUUACCUUUAUUGGAGAAUGGAAGAAUGGGCACUUGGAAAAGAAGAUGGGGCAUUUGGCCUGCUUUGCAGGGGGAAUGUUUGCACUGGGAGCAGAUGGUUCCAGGGAUAAAGCUGGUCAUUAUUUAGAGCUAGGGGCGGAAAUUGCACGGACUUGUCAUGAGUCAUAUGACAGAACUGCAUUAAAGCUGGGCCCCGAGUCCUUCAAGUUCGACGGUGCAGUCGAGGCCGUGGCAGUCCGGCAGGCCGAGAAGUAUUACAUCCUCCGUCCAGAGGUCAUCGAAACCUAUUGGUACCUGUGGCGGUUCACUCACGACCCGAGAUACAGGCAGUGGGGCUGGGAGGCAGCACUGGCUAUUGAAAAGUAUUGCCGAGUCAGCGGUGGAUUUUCUGGGGUGAAGGAUGUUUAUUCCUCUACUCCCGCACAUGACGAUGUACAGCAGAGCUUCUUUCUUGCUGAAACAUUAAAAUAUUUGUACCUGCUGUUCUCCGGCGACGACCUUUUACCUUUGGACCACUGGGUGUUUAACACGGAGGCUCAUCCUCUGCCUGUGUUGCAUUUAGCCAACACCACACUUUCAGGAAAUCCUGCUGUUCGAUGAAAGCAGCUCCGGAAAGACCAUGCUCACCUGUGUUUUGUUUACAUGGACCACUGCAGAAGUUAGUCUGGAGAGGGCACUUGAAAACCGGGACCUCUUAGAGUCAACAUGGCAGGGCGAGACGUGACUCAUUCCCCACAAGACUUUUCAACUUGUACAUAUCUCAACUUUGAAAUAAUUCCAUUUUAUACCUGACCAAAACAGAUUCUGGUACGUGUAGGACAGAUCCUGACGUGCUUGGGUCCCCAAGGAGAUGGCCACAUGAGAACCUACUCCUGUUACCGCGGUUUGUUUUUAGAAUCCUGGACGCUGGACUUCCUAAGACUAAGCCCAGGUGUGGAGCCCCUCGCAGGAGGAAAAGGUGGCCACUGGAGCCGAUUUAUGUUUGUUUCCUCCCAAAAUGGAGGAGCUUGCAAAUCGAAUCUUUACAUAUCGUUUAUCCCUUUUUUCUCCAUUUUUAAUAAUGGAAUGAACUAAAAUAAACAAGAACAAAAAGAACAGCAUAAUUGCCUCAGCAGCAAGAAGACUUGAAAAAGAAACAGAAGUCUGAAUUUUCGAGUUCCCCAUUGGAUGACUAGACUGGCAACCAUUUCAAAUCCCAAUCUAUUCCACUGAAAUUUCUCGUUUAAAUUUAGUUUUCUCUGGGGGCGUGAUCUCACAAAAAAUAUUCUUCAAGUCUUUGUCUCCAUAUGGAAUCACAAACUGCUGUUUGUCAUAAUCGCUACUCACGAGCCUGGGUUUGGGAUUUCGUGCAUGUUGUUCAGUCUAGUGUUGGUAGCAUGACAAAAAGUGGGGGAAAUGCCACAGUUUGUUGCCUUGAAACCUGUUCUAAGAGAGAAAGCUUGGUCUCGCUGGUUGGAGAUUAGUUUUCCAAACCAGCAAAUUUACCAAGUAAAUUUUAUCCAUUUUAACCUCAUCAUAAACUUAGUAGAAUCCCUCCACUUACAACUUUAUUGACGUGGCUUGGCCCAAUUCACUGUACUAUUAUUAUGCAGCUCUGAAUUUACCUUGAUGAGUCAAAUUAUUUUUACAACUUAUAAAGCAAAAAUAAAAUACAACGAAACUUCCUUAAAUAGUCUAUCUGAAAUGGGGACAUGUCAUCCUUUAUUUAUUAUCUCGUCAGAUGAAUGAGCUUUUCACAAAUGUUUUAUGUAAAAGAUAAAUUCGACUUUUAUUUUCUCCAAGGAUAUUUAUAGAAAUCCAAAGAGUUAAUCAAAAUAGCUUCAAAAUAAUUUUUAGUGAUAAAAGCAUGGUGUAAUUAAUCAUAUUACACUAAAUUUGGGAUAUAGCUAAGGGACUUUCUCUUAUCAAUAAAUUUUGCAAUGAUAUUUCUUUUUAAUGCAAUACUAUUUCUUUAAUAUUGGGGGGAAACUUUAAUUUUUAUCAAGAACUAUAUUGUAAGAUAAAUAUCUAACACUUAAAAUUUUUCUGUUCCUUGAAUUUAUGUCACAGUGCAAGAUACUGUAUCUUUAUAUUUAAUACAAACAGCUUCCAUUGACAAUAAAAGUUGGGAGUAGCAUAAUUAGUCUAAUAUUUACUCUGGAUUUGAAGAUUUUAUGAAAUAAUGUUUGUGCAAGAAGCCCAAAUUGGAAUUCUGAAGGCUUAUUUUCUUAUUUUGAUAGCUUUUCUUCUUAAACUUUUAUGAGCAUGUAGUAGACUUAAAUUGGGAAAAGACUGAGUAAAUUAAUAUAAUGAAAUAUUUUCUAAGAGUGAUCAUCUUAUGCCACAAUUAGUCAGACAGUCCUCACAGUUCAGCAAAUGAUCAAUAAUGAUAACCACCCCCAAGAUUUUUCAGUAUAGAAAACAAGGAUAUGGAGCCAGUUGCAUUAUUUAAGUCUUUAAGAGAGUUAAAUUUUAGCACAUAUUUUGAAAUGAUAAUAUCUUUUACUACUUGAAAAAUUGAAAGUUUUAAAUGAAAAGGGUAGAUGACUAACUUCAGGAGAGAAAGGGAAAGUAUUCGAUUCUCAAAAAAAGUGAAAAACUUGAAUUGGCAAAGACCCAGAGCAGUCGCGUGGAUGGCAGUGAACCAACCCUCCCUCACUUUGUAGAAGAAUGCGGAGUAGAGGGGCCUUCUUGGCCCCCAGGAGCUUCUCAAGGAACCAGGAGACAGGACCCCCACUCCUAAGUGCUCUGUUGUGUUUCUCAGAUAACCGGAACCUAAGAGAAAGCAGAGAAGUGUUCAGCAUGGCCAGUUCCGGUUCAAGCAAAGAAUCCAGGAGACAGUGGAAGGGCCUUCACCACCCACUUCCCUUCCUCGUGUUGAUUCGAGGAUGAGAGCUUAUAAUAAUGCUUCUAUUUUUUUCUUCUGAAUACCAAAGGCAAUUAAAUUAAAGUCGACUACAAAUGA